GAUAAUGUACUCAUCGGGAAGAUAAUCUAGUCGAGUAGGGAGUAAAUCGCACCCACGCUAUUAAGGUGUUUCUGCGAAAAUAAACAGUUAUACUAACCUGCUUUCACACUUACAGUCACGUAAAAAACUGCGCCCGGCCAUAACACAAUACUAAAUUAUCGUCCGAAAGUAGAUUCUUAGUCUCAACGAAUGGAUGUCUUGUUUUCAUUAAUCUGAUUAUAUCAUUAGUCCUUUGUCCGCAGUGUGUUUUGGACCAUAUAAGCAUCAUCCUUCAGCAACAUAUUGUUCACGGCUGUUGUCUUAUCACAUUGUGGUCUAUCCUUGGAGCCGUAAAACACAGAUCAAUUAUGAGAAACCAGAGUUUAUUAAAUCGUCUCGGUUUGAUUAUGUGGACAAUAUCUGUGUUAAUAGCUGUGUCCGACAGCUCGUCGGUCGAGAAAGAAGUAGGCUUGUUACAAAAACCUCUAAAUAAUCGUGUAAAAAGACAACUACCACCUCUUUCAGAAGGGGACCAAGUAGUCGAUAAUAUAUUUAUGAUCCCUAUAAGUACCCUAAAUGCCGUCGGUUCAUUAAUCAAAAGUACUCGGCCCAUUAUCAGGCGAACACGAGAACGUAUACAACAGUUUUACAAUCAACAACAACAACGACCAAUGGCGUCACAGUUUGUGUCCAACAAGCCAUCGUUCCAACAAAGUUAUUUUAAUUAUAACGUUAACAGACCAAGGCCUAAUAUCAACCGAAACAGACCGCAGGGACGAGGACUAAGUGAUUAUUCAGAUUACUGACCUGACAGUAAUUCGUUAUAAUUACACUUCAACAAUAGCUCGUGUAUUAUUUUUAUAAU